CGGUCCUUGCCAAAUAAAGUCUUGCCUCCCUCGCUUCAAGUUUUAGAAAUUUCGUUUUGCGGCAACUUCUAGUCCUUGCCAAAGGAAGGCCUGCCUCCCUCGCUUCAACAACUCCUAAUUACAAACUGCCCGCUGCUGCAACGACGAUACAUGGAGGAGAAAGGAGACUAUUGGCCCCUCAUUGCUCACAUCCCCUACAUUGAAGUUAAGGGUUAAUUUUCCUUUUGUAGGCUAAAACAUAAGAGGGAGAUCUGCAAUAUUCUGAAGUUUAACAUUUAUGUCAAUGGAAAAGAAGAAGUUGGUUUUCUGGAGAUUAGAAAGUUGUCAUCCAUGUAUUUUGUGAAGACUCAUUGACUGCUCAACAUAUAAAUAACUGCUAAAAUGGUGGGAAUGGCAAUAGCCAUUGAAAUGGCUUCUUCACUGUGCCUGGCCUACCGCUACUACCCUUGUGUAGUCCUUAAAGCUACAAAACAAGCUCCUUCACUGAUAACAUUUCACAUUUUUACUCCUCUUCAUCAUCAUAGCCAAGUAGCCAACAAUGAUAUAUGCUUAUGCUUAUGCUUUUGCCACCAUUGAUGCUAAUAAGAAGCUUAGGAGCACUGAUCUGGUGGCUCUUGAGUAUGCUGAUCUUAACCUCAAAAAUUUUCUGGGUAUGUUCUUACAAUCAUCUAGUUCCUUCCUUCUUAUUGCAGUGACAGUUUCUUAUCCCAUGUAAUUUGGCAUGGUAUUUGUUCUGUUUAUACCUUCAUAUGAAUGAAAUGAAAAGAAGGCAAAUGAAUUUUUUCUCUCUUUUUUUCCAUACUGAAGUUAUGGUUUUUGUUUUAAUAUAACACAAGGAAUUAGGUCAUGUAAGAAUCAAGCCACAUCUUCAAUCUUUUGCUCUAAGUUUUAAUUCCUCAUAUGGUCAUUUCUUUGAUUGAAUAUAAAUGUUUUAAUUAUGAUUUUUCUGUUGAUGUUGUCACAAUUAGAAUAAGAUAUGAUAUUGUCAUUUUGUGCAUAGAUGCUAGCACCAGUACCUGAUCAGAAUCAAGUAUUAAAGGGACACAACAUUGCCACUCUUGGUAAAUAAAUGUUGGAAGUGGUGAUCCCUUUGUCCUUCCUUCCAUUUCAUCUGAUGGAUUUAAUACAUAUGUAGUUUUUGUUCCUUAAUGAGUGAAGCCGUUUUGAAGCUGUGAGAUGGUCCAACUUUCUAGCUAUUGCAUUUUAUUUUGGUUAGCAUCACAUUUCCUAUAUGGCUUGCAAAAUGAAAUCCUGAUUCAUGAAACUAUUUGGGACUGAAAAUAUAUAUGACAGGAUGGGAUCAAGCUCCUUGGACUAGUUUUAAUUCACUCAAGAAUUCUUCUGAUUGAGUUAAUGUACAUUUUCUUGAUCUUCAUUUUUCCAUUUUUCUGUUACAUUAUAUAGACAGUUUCUUUGACAUAAUCAUGUUGUUUAAU